AUGUACUUUCGAGCUAGUAGUGCCAUUUGCAUUCUAAUGCCCUGGUUUCGUGAAGUUGGCUUCUCCUUGAUGUAUGGUGUACUCAUUGUCAAGUUAUAUCGAGUGCUCAUCUGCUUUCAAUCCCGAAAAGCACAUCGGGUGCACGUGCGCGAUAAGGACCUCUUCAAAUACCUCGGAUGCUUUGUGGCCAUAGUGAUUGGCUACAUGCUGGCGUGGACCGCAGUCACUUUAGACUUCACACGCUUCAAAAAUAUUGCUGGGGUUCCCUCCACACUUACCCCAACUGUUUCCGCUACCAUUCCAUCUUUUCCUAUCGCACAACCCCAGCAAACUGAUAUCAUAGUAAAGGGUCGGGUUUCAGUUAACGAUGCUCGUUCCACAACGUCUCCUCUUGAUCCUUCUUUAUUGCCUAUCAAUGUCAGCUCUGAGACCGGGUGUCGAAGCUGCUCGGCAAACUCCAGUUUACCUGUUGUCAACUUUACUUCAAUUAGACGUGAUAACAAAACCGAGUCUAGAGUUGAUAAAAAAUUGAUAAAUCAGGGGGGCCCAAUCAAUUAUCAGUAUUUCAGAGUUUGCAGGGCCUUAUUCUGGGAUAUUGUGAUUGAACUCGGUGAGAUGACUGUUCUCUUAAUCGGUGUGCACUAUUGCCGGCUCAUUUGGUCAGCGCCCUCGGAUUUCAAUGAAAAUCGGUGUAUCACCGUUGCACUUCUGACCGAGUUAAUUGGUUCUGGGACCCUUUACCUUGCUCGGCAUUUUAUCUGGUACUCAACACACCCGGAUUUCAUGUACUUAAUCUACUUUGUCCGGUGUCAUUUAACAGUGACAGUUAAUAUUGCGGUGAUUUUUGGUCCUAAGUUCUGGUACAUUCACAAACCCCCCACACCCCAACAGACAGGGGGAAUGGUAGUUGGUGUAGGAGGAGCUCGAAGAGGGAUGGUAGGCGCAGCACCUGGAGCUUCGGCAGCUCCACAUCUUGUACCCUCCAACAACAAACUGCGUCUUGCCUCCAAUGGAGAACUCGAUUUGGCUGACGUCAAUUUAGCUGACAUGGACCCAGAAGUCAUUCGGAGAGAAUUGAAGCGCUUGUAUUCAGCUAUUGAGAUCUACAAAACAAAGGCAAUGCGCAGGGAUAAUCCACACAUCAGCAAACGCAGAGGUGGACGUAAACAGCGUCGGUUUUCCCUCCAGCCUUUCCAUAAGAAACAUCAUGGCAGUGGCGUAGUGGGUGAGUGCGCAUCGGGUUAUCAAGGCGAUGUGAGUGCGGCAGGUAAUGUUGCUGGUAGCGGAAGUGGAGCCAACACAAAGCGUUCAGGAAUGUCAGUAAGUGGACGAAGUGGAGUACUAUUGAGAAGUUCCAUGGUGGAUGAGGAGGAGACUUCGCGUCUUUCUGAGGGAUCUCUUACAAGCCUAGAGAAAGAGGCAGUUUCUGAAGUCUGCCCACCAAAUACUACCACCGGAGGUAGGUCCAAAAAUCAACAGGCAGCCUCCUCACAUUGUGAAUAUACGCGCCGUAGACAGGAGACUAGUUGA